CAGGCUCCGCGGCACACAGCUCCCGGCGGCGCGCGGCCUGUCCAUGGCUGACCUGAGCUUCAUCGAGGAUUCCGUCGCCUUCCCCGAGAAGGAGGAGGACGAGGAGGAAGAGGAGGAGGGCGUGGAGUGGGGCUACGAGGAAGGUGUUGAGUGGGGCUUGGUGUUCCCAGAUGCUAAUGGUGAAUAUCAGUCUCCUAUCAACCUAAACUCCAGAGAAGCCAGAUAUGACCCCACGCUGCUGGAUGUCCGCCUCUCUCCAAAUUAUGUGGUCUGCCGGGACUGUGAAGUCACCAACGACGGACACACCAUUCAAGUUAUUCUGAAGUCAAAAUCAGUUCUGUCAGGAGGACCAUUGCCUCAGGGACAUGAGUUUGAACUAUAUGAAGUUAGAUUCCACUGGGGAAGAGAAAACCAGCGUGGUUCUGAGCACACAGUUAAUUUCAAAGCUUUUCCUAUGGAGCUCCAUCUGAUCCACUGGAAUGCCACGCUGUUCGGCAGCAUCGAUGAAGCCGUGGGGAAGCCGCAUGGCAUUGCCAUCAUUGCCUUGUUUGUUCAGAUUGGAAAGGAACAUGUGGGCUUGAAGGCUGUGACUGAAAUACUCCAGGAUAUUCAAUAUAAGGGGAAGUCUAAAACAAUACCUUGCUUUAACCCUAAUACUUUAUUACCAGACCCUUUGCUGCGGGAUUACUGGGUCUACGAAGGCUCACUUACUAUCCCGCCUUGCAGUGAAGGUGUUACCUGGAUAUUAUUCAGAUACCCUUUAACUAUAUCCCAGCUACAGAUAGAAGAAUUUCGAAGACUGAGGACACAUGUUAAGGGGGCAGAACUUGUGGAAGGCUGUGAUGGGAUUUUGGGAGACAAUUUUCGGCCUACUCAGCCACUUAGUGACAGAGUGAUUAGAGCUGCAUUUCAGUAGCCAGAGAGAACAGGAUCAAGCCCAUCUAUAGCAGGGAGGAAGACUGUGUUCCUGUGGUACCCUCGGAUGAGAAGUGAACACUGAGCAGGAACUUCACUUUAUCCUCCAAGCAUGAAUUGACUGUGUGUCUUUAUCUAUUCAAGCUUCCAUGGACAUCUGUGACAGUGGCCUGUAUACAUGCUGUUAGGAAAUAUUAGAAGUGGCUGUACAUUCUCAAGAAACCAUAUAUAUCUCACUGAUACUGACAUUUAUGUUGUUGCUUUUUGUUUAUGUGUAGAAGAAAUGAAAGUAGUUUUUACAGUUAUUAGUAUGAAUAUGUAUCUUGUUUUAAUACUGAGACAAGAAAAAUACAUUUUCAGAGUUAGUAGUCAUUCAUUUUCUGUAUACAACAGAAAAUUAUCUCAUUCAAAACCUAGUAUAAUCUUGACAAUAAAACAAGAGUUCUUCAAGAGAAACCUAGAUCUUAAAAAUGUAAUAAGAAGAAUUCAUUAAAAAUUAUGUCUUUUGUUAUUUUUAAGUACCCAUGCCAAAAUUAAUGUCA